AUGGGACCUAUGACAUAUGUCCAGCACCUGAUAUCGACACCACGCCUUCCAUUUACCGCGGCAUAUUUUGGAUCCAUCACUCUCACGCUGUACUUUAGCCUUGGGCUGCGUUCAACGCUUCUAACCUUGAUCGCAGCUCUCGUGCAAAUAGCUUGCUUGGUUUGGUACUUGAUCAGCUAUUUUCCUAUGGGCUCCAGUGGCCUCCGCAUGGCCACGAGCUUUGGCGCUCAGCGAGCUACCGCCUGGAUGACUGGAUGA